GGAGCUUACAUACUACAUGCAUGAGAAUAGACGUGGAGCUCAACACCACAGUGAAGCUGUGGUACUCGAGUGUUGCCCCCACCCCUCGUCCCCUCACGUACAACCUUCCUCAAUGUCCAGGAGGCUCUUCCCCUUGAUUGCUCUAAAACGGAGCCUCGAGGAUAUCGGUUACCUGGCUGUGGAUGUUUUCAUUACCGGUAAUAGGGAUGGAUUUCGAAGAACCCUCGUCCUCCUCCUCACAUGUAGCUUCUCCGGCCUCCUCCUCAGCUCCUUACUGCUCCUCUACCUUCUCUUCAGCCUGAACUAUGACCUGCCAGUGGCGGCGGGGAUCGCCGCCUGCGUCGAGGCGCUACUGACGGUUGCCCUCUUCCUAUCAAAGAGGGUACGGUGCCUGGCGGUUCUCUUCGUGAUAUCCAUUUUCAUGAAAAAGAGCCGGAACCUGCUGCUGACCGCUGGGACCAGUUUAGUGGUUCUGAGAAACAUCCGCAACACCCUGGAAAACACCACGGCGCUGGUCCGGAGCAUGAUUUGCAACCUGAAGGCCAAGAAAGCGGCGGCGGUCGCUCCGUUCAGUAGCUACGUGGAGGUGUUGAAGUGGCUCGGCGAGGUGCUCAGGGGGGUCACGGACUUGGGGGUGGUGAACCUCAGCUCCCGCCUCAAGGUGUCCCCCAGACUGGAGUCAGACAAAUUCCGGUGGAAACUGAGCGAAGCGGAGCAGAAGCUGAACGACACUGUGAGGCGCGCGCAGUCCCUGCUGAGCGCCGUCUCCUCCGUGACCGACAAGAUGUUCCCCGCCGCGAGCUUCCUGCUGCUCGCGCUCUUCAUAGCGCUGCACGUCAAAAGGUACCGCGGCGACGCCAGGUACCAAAACCGGUUCGUGAGCGGCAGGUUCGUGGGUUUCGACGGGAAGCGGAGGACGGAGGGGAAGCCCCACGUGCUGCCGCUCACGCAGCAGGAGGAGAAGCUGUACGCCGGCGCCGCCUCGGCCCGGCCCACCGCCGCAGAGGGCAGGGCGGCGCUGAAAUUUGGCGUCCCAGUUGUUACCCAUUUUGUGGCUUGGGUCAUAUUCAUAACUAUGGACGCCUUGUUGUACUGCUUUGUUGACAUUGUAACGAGGAAGUUAUCAGAGCUGGAGCCGCUCCAUGUCCCGCUGCUCAUGAGCAUCACAGGGAUUGCGACGUUAAUGGGCAUCCCGCUUGGCGAGGAAAGCCAUCGGAAAGACUUCUCCUACUCUGUGACCCUGUUUGAGAAGAAAUGCCUUCCUAAGCCCAAGCUGCUGCUCUACAAGUCCGUCGUUCCUCUGACUGGCAUCCUGCUCGCCCUGUUCGUCAUGGCUCUGAUGGCUGCCAAAGUGGCCCGGCUCCGGCUGAUGGUCUGCGAGCGAUUCUUCCCCGGCGCCGCGCAGGAGAGGGUGGAGUACCUCCACGCCAAAAUCCUCAGGAAGAGACGCAAGAAGAGGGAGGGGCGAGACACCUGCAGCCUCACAUCGCUCUACUUGAAGCCACAUUUCUGGUGCCCGCUGCUCUUCAGGCCCAAAGCGGAUCCGCCAAGCGUCGUGUAAGGGGAGUUCUGCUUUUAGCUGCAUGUUUUUUUUCUAUUCUCUGAUAAAAAAAAGAAGAAGAAGAAGAAGAAGGAGGACAACUUUGAACAACGGACUCCUCGUCCCCGAUGAUCCUGUUGUUCCAGCAUUCUUUUAAAAUGAACUUAUACCGUAUGAACAAAGUGACUGAACCCUACCAGUUUAUGUCUAAGCUCUCUGGUCAAACGUCAGCGUUGCUCCUGCUACAGUCAGGCUGGAGACCAAAUGCUACACGGUGCUGCACUGUUUGUAGAUCUGAUCAAAGCUUUUAAAUAUUGUUUAAAACUAUAACAUUCAGUAAAAUAAGCUGCUUUCCAUUAUUUAUUGAUGAUUGAAAUCGUAUAUUCCAGGUUGAGACUGUUGUGUUUUAACUCAGGUCCCCGGGUAGUUGAUAAAUGUGUUCCACGAGGAUCAAUAACAGGCCGUCUGCUAUUUAUUAAUGUUAUUUAUCUUCCAAGUGACCAUUGAAAUGUUUUAAUUUAUAAAAAUGAAUGCUCGCUCCAAACUCAAGAGCAUCAAGUUUGAUGUUAAGACUCUGAUCUAGUGGAAGUCUAACAGACACAGUGAUGCAAUCCAUCGUAGUACAUGUAAUGGAUUAUGGAGGUAUACGGUUUUCACAUUGAACAAUCAGAUCCUCAGAUCACGGAAAAGAAUUGAUUCUUAAGUACUGCUUGAACUAGGAACUAGUUGUUUAAAUGAUCUGGAAAAAUAAGUGACGAACUGAUAUUCUGUGUGUGUAAAUAUAUUUCUUUCAGAUAUCAAUUUAUGGCACAUUAAAGUAAUAAAUGUGCUGCAUCCUU